AUGUUCGGUCUCCGCAAGUGGCCCACUCCCAUGGCUGCCCCCCUCUGGCCCUUCGCCUUCGCCUCGGUCGUCACCUUCUUCGGUGUCGUCAAGGCCCAGGGUUUCGCUGUUGCCACCCCCGACGCCAUCAAGGACCCCCGUAACCCCUACGCCGCCCAGCUCGUCAAGCAGGAGGCCCACUAA